UAGAUUGAUAUAGUUUACGAGAGCAGUAUAUACCACGUCAAGGCUAAGGCCACUGAGGUGGACAAAUCAGUAAAGAAGCACGAGGCUUGCAACUAUAUAUAUAGCCCCAGAAUCCCAGUGUUGAUGAGGUUGCUAGAAUCUUGACGCAUUUUGGCAUUCUACCGUUUUGUUAGUUUAUACCACUCAACCGUGGACAUCGAUGCUCUCGCACUCUUUGCCUACGCGCCUAAAGGUGACUAUAGGGAAGCAUAUCCGGGCAGUAUGAUUUACCAAUACAUCGAUGAAUCGAUUUGCUUAAUUGAAGUAUAUAAGCGGAGGAACGGCGAUGACGUAUUAAAGAGCUGAACGACCUUUGCACCGCUCACUCGCUGACAAUGGAUGUCGACCUUGAGGGCAAGACCUCAUACUGCGGUGCCAAGAUUUCCGAAAAGGGAGAGCUUGUCAUACUGUUUCACGAAAACCAUCUUGGGACGGGAAUCCUCUACGCGUUUGAGGAAAAGAACCUAACAGUAGCGAUCAACAGUGCUCCGACGGGUGCUGGUGACCAGAGGCUGUCCUUCAAAGCUCGUCAGGGCAUUGCAAAGGACUAUACCGUCUCUAUUGACAAAAUUGAGCAAGUAGUUAACAAGAUUCUUGGUGUUGAGUUUACUUUUGAAUCAAACUUCGAGACUACGUUUGCCCAGCUCAAGGCUGCAAAUUUACUUGCAAAGGAAGAAGACUCUAUCGGCCGCCUCACCUGGCAGUACUUUGACAGCCUCGCCAGCACUCUCAAAUACGACAAGGUGGACCAAGGUGAGAUGAUUCGCGAUGCCCUUUUGGAAGAAAUGGCUUCAAAGAAGGUCGUUUUCUGGCUCCUGGAUUUUGGUACGUUGAAGAAAGCUUUUGCCGAAACUGUGUUUGAGGAUGGUAUUCUUUACAUCCAAACCGAUAUCGAACAUUCGGGUGUCGAUCCUAGAAGGUCUACCGAUAAAUUACUUGAUAGUCUUUAGACUUAAACAUUCUACUAGUAUAUUCUUGGAUUAAUUGAAAGAAAAUCUCCGCUUAUCGUCUCG